CGUGGUUCGAGCACGUCAGCAUGCUGGUCAUCAUGCUCAACUGCGUGACCCUGGGCAUGUUCCGGCCCUGCGAGGACGUCGAGUGCCGCUCGGAGCGCUGCGGCAUCCUGGAGGCCUUUGACGACUUCAUCUUCGCCUUCUUCGCGGUGGAGAUGGUCAUCAAGAUGGUCGCCCUGGGGCUGUUUGGGCAGAAGUGCUACCUGGGCGACACGUGGAACAGGCUGGACUUCUUCAUCGUCAUGGCGGGUAUGAUGGAGUACUCCUUGGAUGGACACAACGUGAGCCUCUCGGCCAUCCGAACCGUGCGCGUACUGCGGCCCCUUCGUGCCAUCAACCGUGUGCCCAGCAUGCGGAUCCUGGUCACGCUGCUGCUGGACACACUGCCCAUGCUCGGCAACGUCCUCCUGCUCUGCUUCUUUGUUUUCUUCAUCUUCGGCAUCGUGGGCGUCCAGCUUUGGGCCGGCCUGCUGCGCAACCGCUGCUUCCUGGACAGCACCUUCGCCAGGAACAGCAACCUCAGCUUCCUGCGGCCGUACUACCAGCCGGAGGAGGGCGAGGAAAACCCGUUCAUCUGCUCCUCCCGCCGGGACAACGGCAUGCAGAAGUGCUCGCACAUCCCCAGCCGCCGCGAGCUGCGCGUGGAGUGCACUCUGGGCUGGGAGGCCUACGGGCAGCCGCAGGCCGAGGGCGCAGGUGGCAUGGGUCACCACACCUGCAUCAACUGGAACCAGUACUACAACGUGUGCCGCUCGGGCGACUCCAACCCGCACAACGGGGCCAUCAGCUUCGACAACAUCGGCUACGCCUGGAUCGCCAUCUUCCAGGUGAUCACGCUGGAGGGUUGGGUGGACAUCAUGUACUACGUCAUGGACGCCCACUCUUUCUACAACUUCAUCUACUUCAUCUUGCUCAUCAUCGUGGGUUCCUUCUUCAUGAUCAACCUGUGCCUGGUGGUCAUCGCCACGCAGUUCUCAGAGACGAAGCAGCGCGAGAACCAGCUGAUGCGGGAGCAGCGGGCCCGUUAUCUGUCCAACGACAGCACGCUAGCCAGCUUCUCUGAGCCGGGCAGCUGCUACGAGGAGCUCCUCCGGUACGUGGGCCACGUGUGCCGCAAGCUAAAGCGCCGUGGCCUCCGCCUCUAUGCCCGCUGGCAGAGCCGCUGGCGCAAGAAGGUGGACCCCGGUGGCGCCGUGCAUGGCCAGGGCUCAGGGCGGCGGCCGCGGCGGGCAGGCGGGCGCACCGCCUCCGUCCACCACCUCGUGUACCACCACCACCACCAUCACCACCACCACUACCACUUCAGCCACGGCAGCCCCCGCCGGCCAGGCCCCGAGCCAGGAGCCGGCGACACCAGGCUGGUGAGGGCCGGAGUGCCAGCCUCGCCCGGGCGUGGGCCCCCUGACGCUGAGUCGGUGCACAGUGUGUACCACGCUGACUGCCACGUGGAGGGGCCGCAGGAGAGGGCGCGCGUGGCGCACGCCGCAGCCACUGCCGCUGCCGGGCUCAAGCUGGCCGCCGGGCUGGGAGCCAUGAACUACCCCACCAUCCUGCCCUCAGCCGCGGGCAGUGGCAAAAGCGGCCUCGGGCCCAAGGGGAAGCGGCCUGGUGGCCCCCCGGGAGCCGGUGGGCACAGCCCCCUGAGGCUGAGCAGCCCGGAUCCCUGCGAGAAGAUCCAGCACCUGGUUGGGGAGCAUGGACUGGGCCAGGCCCCCAGCCGCCUGUCAGGCCUGAGUGUGCCCUGCCCCCUGCCCAGCCCCCAGGCGGGCACGCUGACCUGUGAGCUGAGCAGCUGCCCGUACUGCACCAGUGCCUUGGAGGACCCCGAGCUGGAGUUCAGCGACACAGACAGUGGAGACUCAGACAGCAACGGGGUCUAUGAGUUCACACAGGACGUGCGGCACGGGGACCACCGUGACCCCAUGCAGUCGCCCCCCGUGACGGAGGCGCCAGGCGCGGGCGGCACACGGCGGAGGGGGCCGCGGCGGGCGGCGGCGGGCGAGCAGGGCGGGCUGGGCCGCAUCUGGGCCUCCUUCAGCGGCAAGCUGCGCCGCAUCGUGGACAGCAAGUACUUCAACCGGGGCAUCAUGGUGGCCAUCCUCACCAACACGCUGAGCAUGGGUGUCGAGUACCACGAGCAG